AUGGAGGACUGGAGAAUUCGUGGUUAUGACCCUUUAACUCCUCCAGAUUUAUUACAACACGAGUACCCAUUAACUCCAGAGUCUCUGAAAACUAUAUUGGAAGGUAGAAAUGCUGCUGUCGAUAUCUUAAAUGGAAAGGAUGACAGAUUGAUCAUAGUGAUUGGACCUUGCUCUAUUCAUGACCCUAAAGCAGCAUUGGAGUACGCUGAAAGACUUCAUAAGGAAGCAGAAAAACACAAAGGUGAGCUUUUGAUUGUUAUGAGAGCAUAUUUGGAAAAACCAAGAACAACUGUUGGAUGGAAAGGUUUGAUCAAUGACCCUGAUAUUAAUGGUACCUUCCAUAUCAACAAGGGUUUGAGAAUUGCAAGGAAGUUGUUUGUUGAAUUGACCUCCAAAUUACCAAUCGCAGGUGAGAUGUUGGAUACCAUUUCACCCCAAUUUUUGUCCGAUCUAUUCUCUGUCGGUGCAGUUGGUGCAAGAACCACUGAAUCACAAUUACACAGAGAAUUGGCCUCUGGUUUAUCAUUCCCGGUCGGAUUCAAAAAUGGUACUGAUGGAACUUUGGGUGUCGCCAUUGAUGCUGUUCACUCUGCCUCCCAUCCUCACCACUUUUUAUCAGUUACGAAACCUGGUGUGGUUGCAAUUGUGGGUACGGAAGGAAACCAAGACUGUUUUGUCAUACUAAGAGGUGGUAAACAAGGUACCAACUAUGACGAGACUUCUGUCAAGGAAACGCAGGAACAAUUGAAGAAGGCUAAAUUGAUUACUGAAGAAAAGAGUGGUCCAAGAAUUAUGGUUGAUUGCUCUCAUGGAAAUAGUAACAAAGACCACAGAAACCAACCCAAAGUCGCAAGAAUUGUCGCUGAUCAAAUUGAGGGUGGUGACAAAUCAAUUUGUGGUUUGAUGAUUGAAAGUAACAUCAAUGAAGGAAGACAAAACGUUCCUCCUGAAGAAGAGGGAGGUAAGGAUGCUUUGAAAUAUGGUGUUUCAAUCACUGAUGCAUGUAUCGGUUGGGAAAAAACGGUUGAGGUAUUGGAUUUAUUGGCAAAUGCUAUCAAAAAGAGAAGAAGUUUGUAA